AUGCCGCGUCCAACAUCACGUUCGUCGCCCAACUCGGACUACUACAGCCCCGACCCCAUGACCCCCACUUUUUCGCCUCCGGGCGAAUACACCGAAUUUCAGACGCUUCGUCCUGGCACCCCAGGUACAUUAGGAAGCAUGGGUCGCCACUCGGUCGUCAGCAGCAACCUCGACAAGUACGACCGCGAAGGCGCCCUCACCCCCCAAGCACAGGCUCUUUUGCCGCUCGACGACACUGGCCGCACUCAACGCUCCAGCACCUACUACUUUGAAAAGGGCGCUCCCUCUGCUGCCGCCGCAGACACCUUCCGUCAAUAUGCCGGUAGACGCGGUCAAGGCUACAACCCUGCCUCCAACACCGCCACUCUUGAACACGGUCUCCCCACCAAGAAACGCCCUGGCUUUAUCCGACGCAGACCCAUCCUCUUUGCCCUUCUCGUCUUGCUCGCCCUGAUAGCCGCAGGUGUCGGCGCAGGUGUCGGCAUCUCGCAAUCCAACAAGUCCAACAGCAAGAAUCUUUCGGCCGAAUCCUCCAAGAGCGGCAACAACAACAACAACUCUGGCUCCACCACUGGCUCCUCUUCCGACAACAAGGGCAACACCAACACCAAUGCCACCACCACCUCGGCCGCACCCGCUCCCCCCAAAAUCACUCCGUUCGCCAAAUACAGCUGGACCGAUGUCAACACCAAAGCCUAUGGCGUCAGUCUCGGCUCUUGGCUCGUUCUCGAGCGGUGGCAGAUCGAAGACUGGAUGGUCCAACAGGGCGGUGACAGUGCUUGGGACGAGUGGCGCUUGAUGCAAAACCUCGGCAGUCGCGCCGCCUCGGUCCUCGCCGACCACCAGAAUAGCUGGGUCACUGAGGCUGACAUGGACCUUUUGCAAAACAGCGGCGUCAACAUUGUUCGCAUCCCUAUUCCCUUUUGGGCGUUUAUCCCUACCGUCUCUGGCGAGCCGUACUACAACGACAUGGCCGCCUACCAGGCGCAGCUCGACAAGAUGCUCCAGUGGUGCUACCAGCGCGGCAUGUACGUCAUGCUCGACCUCCACGCCAUGCCCGGUUCUCAGAAUGGCGACCAGUCGUCCGGUCACAACACCACCAACAUUCAGUGGUUCACCCAAGCCAACCAGGAGCGUUCCGACGCGUUUGUCAACAAUGUCCUCUCUUGGGCCACCAGCAGCAACCUCAGCUCGAUCAUCAACGCGAUUGGUGUUGUCAACGAGCCUCGCGUCGUCAACAACGACUGGUCGCUCAACCAGUCGCGCUUCCAGAUCACGCGCGACUUUUACGAGCGCAGCUACCAGACUUGCCUCAAGUACAACAUCCCCAUGACGUUCCACAAUGGCUUUGCGCCCGGCAGCGUCACGGACAAGAUGGAUCUCUGGCGACCAUUUAUCUCGGGUAAAGACCCCAACAUGCUCAUCUACGAGGACCACCCUUAUCCAGGCUGGUUCUCGGAUCCGGAACCUGGUCCGAACGAGAUCCAGACGUCGGUCUGCGCGUACGGUGCCGCCGGCAGCUCGCUCGGGAUCCCGAUUGUGAUGGGUGAAUUUUCGGCGAUCCAGAACACCAACUCGGCCAGCUACGCGCGAACGUACGUACAGAUGCAGCUCGCCACAUACGGCUGGUCGGCCGGCUCGAUCUUCUGGAACUUCAAGGCCAACAGCUCGAGCAACGCGGUGCUUGCGCUGUCUAGCAACCUGAUGCAGCUCUACUCUUACGUCGACAUGAUCAACGCCGGCACAAUGCCCAACCCAGGAAAAGGUGCCAACGUGCGCAACUUUUAUGCCAACCUGCCCAACCCCUGUGGUGGCUUCCAGACGUAUGGCUGGGCCAACCCUGCGCAAUAA